AUGGAGCGUUCUGGGACCAUUCUCUUCUUCGGAGACACCUCAACGCCUGUCACCUCGGCUCUCUUACAACUGCUGGAGUCCGAGCGCAAGGAUACCCUUCUUUCAAAAUUCCUUACAUUGUCAAGGACUGUGCUUCGUGAUGGCAUCGAACAGCUGCCAUUCCAUGUGCGGCAGGAAGCUCGGAGAUUUGCAGAGCUGUAUGAUUUUACGGAUCCUCAGCAUGCCAAAUUGGCGAGUCUUCGCGUGCUUUCGCCCGCCCUUUUAGUGAUUACGCAAUUGGGACAGUUCAUAUCCUGGUACGAGACACAUCCCCACGUCGACUAUCCUAGUGCCCAAAGCUCCGUUUACAUUGGGCUUUGCGUGGGACAAAUAUCCGCCGCGGCAAUCGGUUUGUCGACAAACCUAAUCGAGCUCAUCCCUCUGGCUGUCGAGGCUGUCCGACUUACAGUGAACUUGGGGAGCUUGGUCUUCACGGUCCGAGAUGACCUGGAGUAUGAUGCUGAUGGAGCUGCGUGGGCCUUGAUGGUGGAAAACGAGAUAAUAAACAAACAGCUCCUGGAAUUAUCCUCGGAAGCUUUAGGGCUUCCUAGCAGGAAACAACCCUAUGUCUCGGCAAGGUUCGAGAAUACUACGACGAUUCAAGGACCACCGACGACGUUGGCUAGGCUGAAACAAUUCUUGGCCAGUGCGAAAAUAUCGACUACAAAUUUAUCCGGACGCCCUGUCGCGAUAUACGCACCGUAUCAUGCUUCGCAUCUCUACACCGAAGCGGACGUGCUGAAGCCGAUUGAGAGUUCCGCUUCAAUUCAGACGGUAUACAACACCGAAACCUGGAGCAAAGACCAGCCCGCAAUAUUGUCGACAAGUUCCGGGUCAAUCAUACCGCUGAAAAGUCGUCAAGGACUACUAAGCGCCGUCCUGAGCGAUGUUCUCGUUCACCCGAUUGAAUGGAGUAGCAUCAUCAACGGUGCAAUCUCGAGCGUACUGUCCCUCGGUCGCACCAAGUGGGAGACCCAAUGCUUUGGACCUCUUCACUCCCAGAAAUUGUUGGUCGCUGCUAUUAGUUCCGGGGCUGGAGUGGAGGUUACCCUAGCAGACACCAGCAUUCAAGCUCAAAAGGGCCAUGGCAGAAACACGGCAAAUACUCCUAUAGCAAUCGUUGGGAUGGCAGGCAGAUUCCCCGAUGCAGAUAGUGUGGAGGAGCUAUGGAAGCUGCUCUCCGAUGGUAUUGACUGUCAUAAAGUGAUCCCAUCCGACCGGUUCGACCCGACAACACAUAUUUCCCAAGACAAAGGCGCUUCAGUGUACGGUAACUUCAUGAAGAACCCUGGCCUGUUCGAUGCGCGCUUCUUCAAUAUGUCUCCUAGAGAAGCCAUGCAGACAGACCCGCAGCAGAGAUUGGCCCUGGUUACUGCGUACGAGGCUCUGGAGAUGGCGGGCUAUGUGCCAGGUCGGACGCCGUCUACGCGCCUGGAACGGAUCGGCAGCUUUUAUGGUCAGACGACAGAUGACUAUAAGGAUGUUAACGUUGUGCAGGACAUUGAUACAUAUUAUGUGUCGGGUGUUGUGAGGGCUUUUGGUCCUGGGCGGGUAUCGCGUGCAAACCAACUCGGAGGACCUUGUCUUAGUGUCGACACGGCCUGUUCGUCAAGUGCAACAGCACUAAAUCUCGCUUGCACCUCGAUCUGGAGCGAAGAAUGCGACACGGCCGUGGUCGGCGGCAUGAUGCUUCUCAACAGCCCCGACAUGUAUGCCGGUCUUGCCCGAGGCCAUUUCACCUCUGACAACGGGCCCUGCAAGACUUUUGACGACGAUGCGGAUGGCUAUUGUCGCGGCGAGACCGUCGCCAGCGUGGUCCUGAAGCGACUGGAUGCCGCCCAGGCAGACAACGACAAUAUUCUGGGCGUCAUUCUGGCGGGCGGAGCAAACUAUUCUGCCUACGCGGCAUCAAUCACGCAGCCUCAUGCCGGGGCUCAGGAGAGUCUGUUUCGCAAGGUGCUGCGUCAGGCGGCUGUGCAUCCGUUUGAUGUGGACUAUGUCGAACUGCACGGCACAGGGACGCAGCUAGGUGACUCGGUGGAGAUGACUUCCGUCACGAACGUGCUGGCGCCGGAGAGCCCUCGUCGGCCUGCGGAUAGCCCGCUAUAUGUCGGCUCGAUCAAGGCGAACAUCGGACAUGGUGAAUCGGCGUCCGGCAUUUCAGCUUUGAUAAAAGCACUCCUGCUGUUUCAGAAAGAGACCAUUCCUCCUCACGUCGGCGUGAAAAGCGGACGACUGAAUCGCAAAUUCCCGGCAUUGGAUGAGCGGAGAGUAAAAAUCGCCAGUGACUUGGUCUCGUUCUCUGCUAGCGUUGGUCGCAAACGAAAGAUCUUGAUCAAUAAUUUCGGUGCUGCAGGUACUAACUCUAGCUUACUGCUCGAAGAGGGGGUUUAUCCAACAUCUGCUCCGAGAGAGUCUCUCGAGCGUGAGCACAUGAUUAGUAUCACGGCGAAAUCGGCCUCGUCACUUAUCGGAAACCUGAGGAAUCUGGCUGCGUAUCUCGAUACAAACCCGCAGACAAGUCUGCUGGACCUGGCCUAUUCGACAACAGCGCGAAGAGUGCAGCAUCCGCUCCGGGUUUCGAUCGUGGCCUCCACUAUUGACGAGGUCAAGACGCAGUUGUGGUCUAGGAUUGAGAAACAGGACUUUGGAUCGUCCUCGAAGUCGUCAAAUAUUGUGUUCGCAUUCACUGGGCAAGGCGCGCUCUACCACGGCGCUGGGAAGCAAUUUUUCGAGCAAAGUGAAAUUUUCCGAACGGAGCUGGCCCGCUUUGAACGCAUCGCUACAGACCAGGGAUUCGCCCCCUUCCUGAACGAUGUCAUGAAUGGCAACGACAACCCGAAGGAUCUUUCACCGGUGCAAACACACCUCUUCCAUACCGCAGUUCAAAUGGCUCUCUUCAAGCUAUGGUCGUCGUGGAAUAUUGUGCCCACGGCCGUGAUCGGCCAUAGCCUUGGGGAAUACGCAGCCUUGUAUGCAGCGAAUGUUUUGUCCGCCAACGAUACGUUGUAUCUGGUUGGUACACGCGCUACUCUGCUAGAGUCUCUCUGUACAAAGGACACACAUGCUAUGCUGGCCGUCAAUUUGCCACUGGAGCGUGUCGUGGAUGUCUUGCAGGGACAUAUGAAAGAUCUAGAAGUCUCGUGUUUCAAUGGACCCAGGGAUGUGGUAUUGAGUGGUCCCGGCAGUUUGAUUCAGGACACAGAGAAACACCUGAAAGCGAAUGGUGUAACGUGCACUAUUCUGAACAUUCCAUACGCAUUCCAUUCCUCGCAAGUCGAGCCAAUCCUGUCGGCUUACGAAACCGCGGCACGGCACAUCACUUUCUCUAACCCUCGCAUUCCUGUUCUCUCAAGCUUAUUGGGAGAAGAACUUACAAGCGCAGACAGCUUCAACCCAACGUAUCUUUCCCGUCACGCUCGCGAGCCAGUCAAGUUCUUGGACGCCCUGAAGGCCGGACAAGUGACGGGAGUUGUUCAGCCUGAAACGGUGUUCCUGGAACUGGGCCCCCAUCCAGUAUGCCUGGGCUUGAUCGGGACGGCGCUGGGAUCUCCGGAGCGUCUGCUUCCGACACUGCGACGACAGGAAGACCACUUCACCACCACUUGCAAGACGCUCGCUUCGCUGAGUAACAAAGGCCAUGAAAUUGAUUGGAAUGAAUAUCACAAUAGCUUUGCAAAUAAGCCGAGACUUUUGAACCUUCCUGCUUACGCAUUCGACGAGAAAAAGUAUUGGAUCGAUUACAAGGGGAACUGGCUAUUGCUACGGAAUGCAGACAAAAUAGCCCCAGCGGUGCAGCCAUCAAAGCCACUGACUACCACUGUACAAACCGUUCUGUCAACGACGGAAGUCAAGGAUAACAGAGUGUCGGCUGUGUUUGAGUCAGAUCUUGCUGAGCCGGCGCUCCAUGCUUUGAUUGCGGGACAUAUUUUGAAUGGUGUUGCGCUGUGUCCAUCGGGCGUGUUCUCAGAUAUUGCCUUGACCGUGGCAAAUUACUUCCGCGAGAGGUUCCAGUUCAAUGGUCCGGUCUCUGGCAUGAACGUUGUCGACCUGCACAUGAUGAAGCCGGUGACGAUGCCAGUCGAGCGACCAAAUCAGCCCAAGCCCUUACGCAUUACAGCCCAGGCAGACUUAGGGACUGGUCGUGUCGAUAUCCAAGUGGGCAUGUGGCACCCACAGACCGAGGAAGCGGAGAACAACGCGACCUGUCACGUUGAGUUUGACGACGCGCAGGCCUGGCUACGAACCUGGAACAAGCACGCGUAUCUUAUCCUGGAGCGAAUGUCCGAUCUGGAAAGAGGUGUGGUCAGGGGAACCACAAGUCGGAUCUCCCACGAGAUGGUGUACAAGUUGUUUUCCACCGUCGUCGACUACGACACAAAGUACCACGGCAUGCAAGAGGUCAUUGUUGAUUCCGAGAAGCUGGAGGCGGUGGUUUCAUUGUCGAUGUACAAAGGUCGCGAUGCAGGGACAUUCUUCUGCUCUCCUCUCUGGCUAGACAAUCUUGCGCAGAUCGCGGGCUUCGUGAUGAAUGCUAUUGGCACGAUCAACCCCCGCGAAUUCACCUAUAUAUCACACGGUAUCAACACGUACCAGAUCGCGGAGGAGAUUCGUCCAGAGCUGCCGUACCGAGCGCAUGUCCGGAUGAUUCCAGAGGGGAAGAGCGUUUACUCGGGCGACGUUUCGGUCUUCCAGGGUAAUCGAAUGAUUGCCUGUUGUGGGGAUGUCAAGUUCCAGAGGAUUCCUCGCGCGUUGAUUGACAAGAUUCUCUCAUCGCCGGGAGCAUCUGGUGUGACGAAUGCGAAGCCGACGGCGCCGCGCGUGGAAUUGACGACCAGAAAUGUUGAUUACAUCACUUCCAAGAACAUCAGCUUUAGGGAAGAGGUCAUCGAGCCGAGAACGCCGGAACUGAAAGAAUUGAUUGCGUCGCAGAUCGGCAUCUCGACGGACGAGCUUUCAGAGGAUAGCAGGUUCAAUGAGUUGGGUGUCGACUCACUCCUCUCAAUGACUAUCCUGUCGCAGCUUCAAGACUCUCUCGAGAUCCAGCUCCCGGGCUCACUGUUUACUGAUUUCCCUACGUUCGGUGAGCUGCAGGACUACGUGCAGAGUGUCACGCGGGAUCAAACGACCGCCGCUCCCACUCCUGGAUCGGUCAGCCCAGGGCCUACAACUCCAUCGCCUCUGAGCGAAUACAAGGACACGCCAGGGAGCCAUUCGGUCGACGCCCAUCUCCUGGAAGUGUACACCAUCAUCGCGGAGGAAAUCGGCGUCGACGUCCAAGAAGUCAUCGCCACCGAGGAUCUAUCAGUUCUCGGCUUGGAUUCAAUGAUGGCCAUAUCAAUCGCCGCCGCACUCGAUGAAAAGCUCGGUGUCCAUGUUCCCUCCGACUUCUUCGGCGGCUUGUCUUCGACCAAAGACAUCCACAAUGCCCUGAGCGAUCAGUUCGGCAUGCCUCCGCAGCCUACACCACCACCAAAGGCAGCGCAGAAACCGGGUAAGAGAAGCCCUUCAUCCCUCUCCUUCCCCUCCUCGAUCAUUCUGCACGACGCAGCCUCCGCAGAACGAACCCUCUUCCUGUUUCCGGACGGGAGCGGGCUUGCCACUGCGUAUGCCAAGAUCCCGCCAAUGUCGAACACCCGCGUCUGCGCUUUGAACAGCCCGUUGCUAAACCCGGCCAACAGUCACUUAACCACCAUCGAGGCGGUCACGGUGGAGAUGCUCCGAGUGAUACGAACCCGGCAGCCUCGCGGGCCGUAUCUUCUCGGCGGGUGGUCGGCCGGCGGCAUGUAUGCGUUCGAAGCGGCGAGACAGGUGCUGGAAUCGGGCGAGCAGGUUGCAGGACUUCUUUUAAUCGACUCUCCAUGUCGAUUAGUCUUUGAUGCCAUGCCGCGGGAGAUCUUGGACCUGAUUGUCCGCGCGGGCGUGGGGGCUAUGAGUCCUGCCGUGGUUGAGAACUUUGAGCGCACGAUCCAAGCGGUGGAGCGGUACUCUCCUGCUCCGUUGCCGGGUGAUCACUCUUUCCCGACAACGCUUAUUUGGGCACAAGAUGGAUUGGCGAAGGAGUUAGAUGUCACUUCCCUUGAUCUCGACUCUGAUCGGAACAUUGUGGAGUGGCUGCUUAAGAGAGGGGGAUCGCUCGAUGCGCAGGGCUGGGAUGGGUUGAUUCCGAAGGCAGAUAUUGCGAUUCAUACCGUGUCGGGGAGUCAUUUUAGUAUGAUGCAGGCGCCGAAUACUACUUAUGUGGGAGUGGCGAUUGCACAGGCUCUCCAUGACCGGUUGGAUUAG